AUGGAGGACACCACCGUCGCCGAGUACGACCUGCUGCCGACGCUUGUCACCAAGCUCGACAGGCACCUCAUCUUCCCCCUCCUCGAGUUCCGUCGCGGCCAACUGGAGAACGAGGAUGGCGUCUCCAAGGACGAGGCCAAGUCGAGGGAGCUGCUCAAGGCCACCUACGAGCUGCUGAACAAGACAAACAUGACCGACUACGUCGCCAACCUGUACUGCGACCUCGAGGGCCUGCAGGACCCACCAAAAGAGUUCGCCGACAAGAGGCAAAAGGUCCUCGACACCCUGGAGAAGUAUGAGGACACCACAGGCAAGAUCCAGGAGCUGCUGGGAAGGGAAGAUGUCGUCACAAACCUGCGGAGCGACAAGGUUGCCAACUUGGAGUUCCUUAAGAAGGAACACGAUGUGACGAUCGAGAUGGUUAACGCCCUUUACGACUUCGGCAACUUCAAAUACAGCUGCGGUGACUACGGCGGAUCCGCGGAUCUCCUCUACCAGUUCCGUGUCCUCUCCACCGACAACGACAAGGUUUCGGCCGCGACAUGGGGCAAGCUCGCCUCCGAGAUCCUCUCCACCAGCUGGGACACGGCCCUUGAGGAGCUGAUGAAGGUCAAGGAGAACAUCGAUACCAAGCUUUUCAACAACCCCCUCGCCCAGCUGCAGCAGCGCACAUGGCUCAUCCACUGGGCCCUGUUCCCCCUCUUCAACAGCGACACCGCCCGCGACCCCCUUCUCGACCUCUUCUUCUCCCCCGCCUACAUCAACACCAUCCAGACCUCCUGCCCCUGGGUGCUGCGCUAUCUGGUCGCCGCUGUUAUCACCGGCCGCGGCCGCUCCCGCAACUCUGGUGUGCAGCAGAAGCAGCUCAAGGACAUCGUUCGCAUCGUGCGCCAGGAGGCCUACGAGUACACCGACCCCCUGACCGAGUUUGUGCGCGCCCUCUUCAUCGACUUCGACUUCGAGGAUGCGCAACGGCAGCUGAGCCGCGCCGAGGAGGUGCUGCGGGCCGACUUCUUCCUGGCAGGUGGCGUGGACGCAUUUGUGGAUAACGCGAGGCAUCUGAUCUUCGAGAGUUACUGCAAGAUCCACGCCCGUAUCGACAUCAAGGGCCUGAGCGCGACGCUGGGCCUGAACAACGAGGCGGGCGAGAAGUGGAUCGUCAACCUGAUCCGCGACACACGGUUGGACGCCAAGAUCGACUCGAGCGAGGGUACGGUCGUCAUGAACCACCCACCCAGCAGCGUCUACCAGCAGGUGAUCGAGCGGACUAAGGGAGGCUUCUUCAGGACGCAAGUCCUGAGCGCGGCGGUGGCGAAGUAA